AUGGCGCAGCUUCGUUUCGCCGCGCUUUGUCUACUCGCCUUGGGACAUGCCGGCUUCGCCUUCAUCUUGCUGAUCAUCCUUCUCCUCCGGCUGUGGGAAGGUGAUGUGCUGGUCCAGUGUGGCUUUGGAGGUCGGCCCUAUGUGGACUUCAAAUGCAUCUGUGGAGGAACACUGCCUUACAUCUGCUGGAUCUCAGAGAGCUUCAAUGGCAUCUGGGGCGACGGCGAAGGCAUGGAACCACGCGUAGUGUGGCAAUCUUGGCUUUGGUUGAUUCUGUCACUGGGUCCUGCAGCAGAGGGCUCCGUACUGAUCCGAGCGCGGGAAUGCUGGCGCGACAUCUUCGUCGGUACCAUGAGCUGGGGCUACUUGCUGUUAGCCCUGCUGCCAGACACGUUGCCAGGCGACUACCUUUGGCUUCACUCCGGGACCGCAUUGCUGGCGCUGGGGACAGCCUUUCUCUUCCAGUUCCUUCUGCCCUGGCGCUGCCUAGGCAUGACGCUGAUGGCCUACGUUGGCUACUACUUUAUGCUCAGCGAGUUUGCGAUUUUGCAGGGCGCGAGCCGACACUUCACAUACGACUGGACCUUCACCCCUGGGGUGCUAAUGGAACCUGGGUCCCUGGUAAUGGUGAUUUUGGAAUGGACCUUGGCCUUUGGUGCAAUCACCGUUGUGAUCACGUACUGCUGUCAUGAGGCCAAGAAGGUUUGCGGUGAGUUGAGGGAGGAGCCCAGGGAGGUUCUUGCCAAGGAAGGGUACAUGUAUGUGUCCGAGUCGGAAGUCGUGGCCCGAUGCCUCGCAAACAGGGUGGCCCAGAAGGACAGCUUGGCCAUCGAACUGUCAGUGCAAUGCACGGCAGCGGAGCUGUUGCGUACAGAGGUCGCCGUCCUUCUUUGCCGGAGAAGCCAGCGAAGGGUCCGUGCAGAUGUCUUCCACACCUGGCGAACCCGGUGUAAGAGGCGAGUCGAGACUCGAAUCGAGGUGGCCAACCCAUCCCUUCGAGAGGAGAAUGCGCUGCGCUGCGGGACCCUUCUCUGCUUUUUCCUGUCCAGCACACUCAAGCAGAAAGUGAUAAACCACUGGCGCUUGGCCAUGCAGAGGGAACGGCGGCAGCCGAAACUGGACGUGCGAGCUUUCCGCGCUUGGCGGCUGCAGCUCUACUUGUGGGCCUGGCAUGCAGCCGCUGUGUCUCAACAAGGCGGGGCCCCUGCGGCCUCCCUUCGCCUGGUGGCUCUCCUCCGAACGCGGCGGCGGAAGGACCUGCUCUCAACAGCCUGGGCAGGCUGGCAGGUGGGCUCCACGGAAGUGGCCCGCGUGCGGUCAAGAGCAGCCGAUGCUCUGUCCACUCUGCGAAGAUUUGACUUGGCCUACGCUAUCCUGCAGGCCUGGCACGGCGCCUUGGUCUUCGCCAACAUCCAGCGGAGCGUCGAAACUCCAAGAGAGCUCCAAGAGCCGGUCUGCCUGAGACCACAGAGUGCCGUGUUUCAGCCGGUGCUCACGGCCUAUGCAAGGACGCCACCCGUGCCCGUAACGGAGCCUGUCACGACUCUGGCAGAGCCUGCGACCCGAGCUCUCCGCCGCGAACCGCGGAAUUUGGAGAUCCCUUCUUUCGCCAGGACGAUGUCCAGUCUCCUGUGGUGCUGGCGGCGCCUGGCUGCAGCUGGGAAGCUCCAGCGAGCGAGGAGCGAAGGGGUUCUGCGGAAUCAGCGCGCCUGGCUGGUCUUUGCGCUGGAGUCCUGGCGAAGGGCGGUGCUCCUCAGCAAGGUUGCGGAGGUGAAGCAGCGGCUCUCCAACCGCUCCUUCGGGCUCCUCCUCCUCUCGAGUCGGAGGGGCCUGGCGGCGGCCAGCUGGCACUGCUGGCGCUGCGCCGUGCUGCUGCUCUCCUUGGACCGCCGGGCCCUCCGCGCCGCUUCGCAGCUUGCGCGGCUCGGGGCCCGGACGAAGGAGGCCUUGCGCGGUGCUUUUCGCUGCUCUUUGGUCUUGGUGCUGCUUCGAGCCUGGCAUUGGCUGGUUUCUGCUGGCAAGCUGCACUACAGCCGUGGGAGGCUUCAAGGAGAACUGGCCAUCGCUGUAACCCGCGGCCAGGCCUUGGAGCGGCGUUGCUCGUCGCUGGGUCGCGAAGCCGACGGUCUCCUUUUGCUCAGCGCUUUGGGCCGCUGGCGGGGCCACGUGCGAGCCUUUCGCGUGCUCAGACGGAGCGGGCUGGCCUUCCUCGCGCGCCAGCCGCCGCGGCCUCCUGUCCAGGAGGCCUUCCUGCUUUGGCGGCUGCUGGCAAGGCAGGCACGUGAUGCGGAGGCCGCCCUUCAAAACUCCGCAGCCGAAGUGCGGCAAUCUUGCCGUGAUGCCACCCGCAGGUGUUUGGUCUCCAUGGCUGUCCUCCGUGCCUGGCACGCUCUCGUCACAGAUGCGCGGCACCUGAUGCAGACGGUUGCCCAGAGGAAGGACGUCGAGGUGCUCCUGGAGUCUCAGAAACAACGGGCGUUGCUGCUACUGGGUGGUCGGCAGACGCAGCGGCCGCUACUUCGGAUCCUUCGUGUCUGGAACGGGUUGAGUCGGGAACGUCAUUGGCGUCUUCGCAUCGUGCAGUUGGUUUACACCAGCCUUCUCUCGCAGUCCACGGCAGCCCUGCGGCACUGUUGGAACCUCUGGCGAAGCCGACUACACCAGAAGAGCUGUCAACGGGAUUGCGUGAACUUCUUGCAAGGCGGGACAGAUGCGCUCACGUGGUGCUGGCGCACGCCGGGCAGAGGCGCUGCACGAAAGCUCUGGGCCUCUCACGCCACGUGGAGGAGGGGUCUUUGCCAAGCAGCUUCCAUGCCUGGCGAACUCAGUAAGUUAGUGCGAGCCGCUGGCACUCGCAGCAACAUGAUGCCAUCGCUAGACGCGGGAACCACCACGCUCCUGUUCCGGACGGCCAGGCCGGUAACCAGCAAUGAGUUCCUGCAGCACAUCGCAAGUGUGUGCGGCUUCGGUGGCCGGCGCCCCUUCGAUUUCGUGUAUUUGCCAUGGCCUCGCCUGGUCAUCAUCAAUUUCUCAAGCCAUCAGAUUUGCAGAGAAGCCGCGGGUGCAAUGCUCGUCGACAAGAGUUACAUCACAAAAGUGCAAUCGGCAGCCUACCAGGGUCUCGUAGCGAACUUGGCGACUUUCUGUGCCAAAGGGAAGAAGGGCUCGGAGAGCAGCAAGCUCCCGCGCAUCUUCCUAGACGGAAGAGAGGUUUCCUUUGACUUCGCCGUGGCUUCCUUCUUAACGGAGGACGAGGUCCAGCAACAGAAAGAAGCUUUGAAGACUGAGAGCAAGGCGAAAGCUGAGAAGAAGCGGGGCAAGGCAGAGUCCACAAGCACUCACGGAGCAGCGAAUACGGAGAAUGUGUUCUUCCCUCCUGCUCCGGAGCCUGGGACCAUGACUGAGCCGUCUGCUUCCCAUCCUUCGUCAAGCACAACCAGUAACCAGGGGCCUCCUGUUUCACAAUUCGUGGCUCCCCAACGUGCAGAUCAGAGUUCCUGCUAUGUAUCGGCUUCUUGGAAGGAAGGAGACAGCUUCUUGAGACUGGCGGAGCGGCUUCGGGGCCUCCGCGGCUUCCUCGAAAGCUCCAGCGCUGUUUCCGGCCGCCUUCUGCUGGCCUUCGCCCUCCGCAGCUGGCGCCUGGCACCUGAAGCGAUGCGGGAGCAGAGGCGACUCCUGGAAGCUCGAAGUGCGGCUGUGCAGGAAAUCCUGCUCCGCCGGUUCCUUGGCGCUUGGCGCCGCGGCGUGCUCUCGCAGCACCGCUCCAGGCUCGCGGAGCUCGCGGAGGUGUCGCGGAGGCACCAGGAAGGUCUGGCGAAGAUGCUGUCCAAGCGCGACGAGCAGAUGCGCAGCUUGGGCGUCGUCCCCUGGCUUUCAGGCCGACCGAUCGAGACUUCUGGUCCGCUGGUCAAGCUCAUGCUUGCAAGAUGGCGGGGCUGGGCCCUUCAGGUAUCUGGAGACAGACGGCAACUCGUCCGGUCAGGUUCAAUCGUGUGUUUUGCAAGGAAGUAA